AUGCUGCAAACUGCUACGGUUAAAGCGUUUUCGAACGCUGCCUUCCUCCGCCGUUCGUCCUCCGCCUACAACAUCCGGACAUUUUCUGUCAUUUCGUCGAAACCCGCCAAUACCGUGUCGCGGAGUAGCUCCAAGCUGCAUCUGGCCUUGCGCAGACCGCUGGCUGUUCUUAGCCGCCAGCAGGUAUGGAAUCAGAAGAGAUAUUAUGCUGUUGCCGCAGAAGAGUCUAGUAAAGGAGUGGAUCCUAGCGAUUCCUUCCUUCAAGGGAAUACUGCGAAUUACAUCGAUGAGAUGUAUAUGGCUUGGAAGAAGGACCCCACAAGUGUUCAUGUCUCGUGGCAAACAUACUUCCGCAAUAUGGAAGAUGGCAAUAUGCCCAUCUCCCAAGCCUUCCAGCCUCCCCCAACUCUCGUCCCAAUCCCAACCGGCGGCGUGCCUCAGCAUAUGCCCCAUGCCGGGACCGCUAGUGUUGCCGGAACCGAAGUAUCGAACCACUUGAAAGUCCAGCUUCUAGUGCGCGCAUACCAGGCCCGUGGACACCACAAAGCGAAGAUCGACCCCCUGGGAAUCCGUGGAGAAGCUGAAGCUUUUGGUUACAACAAACCUAGGGAGUUGGAGCUGGACCAUUAUGGAUUCACCGAGAGCGACCUGGACCAGGAAUUCGCCCUUGGACCCGGUAUUCUUCCACGUUUCGAAACCGAGACGAGGAAAAAGAUGACCCUGAGGGAGAUCAUUGCUGCUUGCGAGAAGAUUUACUGCGGCUCGUACGGCAUCGAAUAUAUCCACAUCCCAGACAGAGGGCCUUGCGAUUGGAUUCGUGAUCGCGUCGAGAUCCCCACCCCUUACAAAUACUCCAUCGAUGAGAAACGCCGUAUCCUGGAUCGCCUGAUUUGGAGCUCCAGUUUCGAGUCUUUCCUUGCCACCAAGUUCCCUAACGAUAAGCGUUUCGGUUUGGAAGGCUGCGAAACCCUGGUUCCGGGAAUGAAGGCCCUAAUUGACCGUAGUGUUGACUACGGUAUUAAGGAUAUCGUCAUUGGUAUGCCACAUCGUGGUCGUCUUAAUGUGCUUAGUAACGUUGUACGAAAACCCAACGAGUCCAUCUUCAGCGAAUUCAGCGGCACCGUGGAGCCCUCGGACGAAGGAUCCGGAGACGUCAAGUACCAUCUUGGCAUGAACUUUGAGCGUCCCACGCCUUCAGGCAAGCGCGUGCAGCUUUCUCUCGUCGCCAACCCGUCUCAUCUGGAGGCUGAGGAUCCCGUUGUUCUCGGAAAGACUCGUGCCAUCCAGCAUUACAACAACGACGAGAAGGAAUUCAACACCGCCAUGGGGGUGUUACUUCACGGUGAUGCUGCAUUUGCUGCGCAGGGUGUAGUGUACGAGACAAUGGGAUUCCAUUCCCUGCCCGCGUACUCUACCGGAGGAACGAUCCACAUCAUCGUGAACAACCAAAUCGGUUUCACCACUGAUCCCCGCUUUGCUCGUUCCACCCCAUACUGUUCUGAUAUAGCCAAGGCAAUCGACGCGCCUGUCUUCCAUGUCAACGGGGAUGAUGUUGAAGCGCUGAACUACGUUUGCCAGAUGGCAGCUGACUGGCGCGCCACCUUCAAGCGUGAUGUGGUCAUCGAUAUCGUCUGCUACCGGAAACAGGGCCACAACGAAACGGAUCAGCCUUCUUUCACGCAGCCCCUGAUGUACAAGCGCAUCGCAGAACAGACUAACCAACUGGACAACAAGGCGGACAUCGAGGAGCACAAGAAGUGGGUUUGGGGAAUGUUGAACGACAGCUUCGAUCGUAGCAAGGACUACCAGCCUUCCAGCAAGGAGUGGCUGACCUCCGCAUGGAACGGAUUCAAAACCCCCAAGGAGCUGGCUACGGAGGUCCUCCCACACCCGCCCACUGGCGUCCCCACAGAAACCCUGAAGAGGAUCGGCGACGUCCUCGGAUCCAUCCCUGAAAACUUCACCGUGCACCGCAACCUGAAACGUAUCUUGGCAAACCGAAAGAAAACUGUCGAAGAAGGUGAGAACAUCGAUUGGUCGACCGCCGAAGCGCUUGCGUUUGGCUCGCUUUGUGCUGAGGGUCAUCAUGUGCGUAUCUCCGGACAAGAUGUGGAGCGUGGGACCUUCUCGCAGCGUCAUGCUGUUCUGCAUGACCAAGAGAACGAGACUACAUACACAUCGCUGCAGCACAUUAGCCCUGAUCAAGGGAAAUUUGUCAUCUCGAAUUCUUCGCUUAGCGAGUUUGGCGCUUUGGGUUUUGAAUAUGGCUACUCUCUGACAUCACCCGAUGCGUUUGUGAUGUGGGAGGCUCAAUUUGGUGAUUUCGCAAAUAACGCCCAAUGUAUCAUCGACCAGUUCAUCGCAUCCGGUGAAUCUAAGUGGCUCCAACGAUCCGGCCUUGUCAUGUCGCUGCCACAUGGUUAUGAUGGCCAGGGUCCCGAGCAUUCCUCCGCGAGAAUAGAACGUUACCUCCAACUGUGUAACGAAGAUCCAAGAGUGUUCCCCGCCCCUGAUAGAAUCGACCGCCAACACCAGGACUGCAACAUGCAGAUUGCCUAUAUGACCACGCCGUCCAACUUGUUCCACGUCAUGCGCAGACAGAUGAACAGGCAAUUCCGAAAACCCCUGAUAAUCUUCUUCUCCAAAUCCCUCCUCCGCCACCCUCUCUGUCGCUCCCCUCUCUCAGACUUCACCGGUGACUCCCAUUUCCAGUGGAUAAUCGCCGACCCAGAACACGGUUCGUCUUCCUUGAACAACCACGAAGACAUCGAGCGCGUAAUCCUAUGCUCAGGCCAAGUCUACGCCGCCCUCCAAAAACACCGCGCCGCGCAUGGAAUCAACAACACAGCCAUAACGCGCAUCGAGCAGAUGCACCCGUUCCCCUGGCAGCAGCUCAAGGAGAACCUGGACAGCUAUCCGAACGCGAAGGACAUCGUCUGGUGCCAGGAGGAGCCGCUGAAUGCGGGCGCGUGGAGCUACAUGCAGCCGCGCAUCGAAACGUUGCUGAACGAGACCGUGCACCAUAACCGGCGCCAUGUGCUGUAUGCAGGCCGGAAUCCGAGCGCGAGUGUGGCGACGGGUCUGAAGGCUAGCCACGUGAAGGAGGAGCAGGAUUUGUUGCAGGAUGCGUUCUCAGUCCAUCAAGAUCGAUUGAAGGGUGAGUAG